GCCAUCAGAUUGACGUCUUGGCGCUUGGAGGAUGCGGAAGCGACAAAAGGCGUCGCCGCGUCCGCUGCCGCAAGGGCUCCUCGAGAGAAUUGCGUGCUUCAUCGACACGCCGAUCGUCUUCUUUUCAACCCUGGAGGUGCUGCCCCGGUCCAAAAUGGACCCGUUCUUGAGUGCGCUCUACGACCUCGCGACCGUGGUCACCCCGUGGUGCCUUUGGCCCGUCCUCCAGCCAGCCGCCGGGCUUGCGCAGCUGCCAGCCGCCUACGCGCCGCUCGUGAAACGCGUGCUUGAAAGCCAUCCGCGCGUCGUCUUGGAGGCAAGUAGCCCACAAGAGUACUUUGGCAUGCUCUCGCCGACCGCCAGCGUCCAGCUGCGAGCCACCGACGCCCAGCUGCUGUGGCAACUCGCCGACACCGUGGCCAUUGUCACAAGCUUGCACAUCGAUUUCACCGCGUCCGUGUCACUGCAGUCGCUUCUACAGCACUUGGUGCUGGCGCCCCGCCUUCGGUCUCUCGCUCUCGAUAUGGACGUCCGCGCGCUAAGCACCAUCCACGAGCGCUACCUCAAGAGUUUUAUACCGAUACUUUGCGACUCGCUGCAAUCCGUGACGCUCGCGCUCACCGGUCAGUGCGGUGAGCAGGUGCCCGAAGCAACCGUGCAUACAAUCGCCCGACUCGUCGCGUCGCUGCCCGUGACACAGCUAAGGCUCGACUCCGUGGCCACGUCCGAGCAUGGCGCGCGGCGGCUCUACGACGCCAUUCUCGAUGCCAAGCGCCUCUCGCAGCUCAAGUUGUUUGCGUGCGACGACCUCGCGGGCCAACUCGCCGUCCUUGGCGCGCCCUGGGUAUGCAUGCGCCGUCACACGCACGAGGUAGCCUGUCGCCCGGACCAUUGCCCUUUUCCCAGCCUCUUGUCGUGGACCAUGGCGACGCGGAAGACAGAUCUGAGCCAAGUCUUUGCCACGCUCCGACGCAUGCCGCACCUCCAGCACGUGGGCAUUCAAUUGCUCUAUACACCUGAUGAAGACGCGACUACACUGCUGCUAUCGACCCUCGGGCAGCUCCACGGCGUGCGAGCGCUCACCUUGUCUGGGCCGUUGCUGCUUCAAGACACGCGUCGUGUAACGCAAGUGAUCAACAUGCUCUCUGAGCUGCAGCAUCUCUCGGCGCUGCGGCUUGUCUCUUCCGACCUUGGCAGCACAGGUCUCCGUCUGCUCGUGCAAGCGCUACAACACCGACCAAAGUGGACGGCCGUGGAUUUGCGCUGGAACGACUUGACCGAUGCCGACGUGCCGCUUCUCGAGACACUGGUGGACUCGCCGCAGGUCCGGACGCUCUGGCUCGGGGGCAAUAAGCUCUCGGACGAUGCCAAAGACCAGCUGGAAUCACACGCGUGGUACCGAGAGACGCGUCCGCUGGCGCACCUUGCGCUGGACGAUGCGGAAAAAGGUCCCCAAGACUUCGAGUAGAUCGAAGUGUCUCUUUGCAUAUACGAGGCAGCGUCGUGGGUCGUGCUGCACUUGAUUUGGUUAUUAGUACUUGUACAUUCUACUUGUGUACAAGUACACAUUUGUCG